GGCAAUGGGUACUUGCUUAUUUGGAUACCAACUCCCAAUCCAAGCCAAGGUGGAACAGCAUGUGCCGAGGGCUGCAUGGCUAUGGGGAAGCAUAGUCGAUAGCAUGCGAACUCUGGAGAAUAGGGGCCCUCCAGUUUCAUUUACCCUUACCGCGGUGAACGCAGGGCUCUGCCGCGGUUGACAGUAUAGUCCCUAGCUAAUCGUGGGAACAAUAUGAGAAAAAGCAACAGAAAACACACCUCUACCCAGCUAACAACUGAUGUAGAAAACAUUUCCUCCAAUCCCCCUUCCCUAUCCACAUCCCAGUCUCCUCCGGUCCCAAGUGUUUCGCGGAAUAUUUUAUCCAUGACCACUAAGGCCGGUCUUCCCAGACAGCGCAUGACUUGGACAGUAGACAUGAACGAGCACGUCAUGCGUUGUUACUACCUCUCCACGAAACUAGAUACUCACCUAGUAGGCUACAGGUCAGAGAUGCGGAAACGUUUUAUCGAAAGAUAUCCUGAGUUAACAGAAAAAGUGAGUGAACAAAGGAUAGCCGACCAAAAACGAGUAAUUCUAAAUACAAAGAAGAUUUCACUUUUAAGACUAGAACAAUUGAAAACCGAAGUAGCUAGAGAACUUCAACUCGGUAAUGUAGAAAAUAUAUCAUCUCAAGAGGACGGGACUCAAAUCCUGGAGAAUUGUUUUCCCUUAGAAAAAACUUCUUGCGGUACCACACCAACUGCAUUACGACUAGAAAUAAAUGCCCCAAAUACCAACCAAAUGGGCGAAAAAGAGGCUAAAAAUCCGGUGCCUGAAGCUCUGCAACACGAGUUUAAUAGAGCGCUUAUCGAAUUUUCAGGGACUGAUCCCCUGACGCGACCAAUAAUUCCACGCCAAAGCACUUCCCGGAAGUUAGCAGCGGCCGUUCAAGUAGUUAAUUCUACAUUAUUGCCGCAAUACCUUGCUGAAUGUGAUAAAAGUUUUGAAACCAUUCAGACCACCAUAUAUGUAGCUGCUGUUGCAGUUGUGCGAGCCACUGGGGGGAAAGUAGAAAAACAAUACACAUCACCUAUAACGAAUAAAAUACCAGCUUGGGAAUACAGACUAUCCCGUCAAAUAGAUAAGCUGCGUUGUCAAAUUGGAAGAAUAACCCAGUAUGUCUUAGGCAUAAGGACAAAGAAAAUAAUAGCAUUGUAUGAAAAACUACAACUAGAACAACUCAUGCACACCAAAUACGAUCCACCAAAUAAAACUCCUGAGGAGAUAUUGGACACAUUAAAACAGAAGUUAGCUGUCAAGGCUAAUCGGCUUAGGAGAUAUCGUGCAUCACAAAAAAGAAAAAUAGACAACGCUAUCUUUGAUCGCAGUGAAAAUAAAUUUUAUAGGCGACUCCGAUUGAAUCCCAAUAAUAACUUGAGUAACACUCAGCCUCCUUCCCUAAAGCAUAUAGAAGACUUAUGGAAAGGAAUUUGGUCUGAAAGUGUGAGACACCGCAAAGAUGUUAGCUGGAUUAGUCUAGAAGACGAGCGCCUGACUAACACCAUCCCAAUGGAAUCUGUGUGCUUUACAGUGGAUGAUGUCACAAAAUCAGUGAACAAAAUGCAUAACUGGAAGGCUGCCGGUCCCGAUGGUAUUCAUAACUACUGGAUCAAGAAAUUCACUACCUUACACGACCCUCUAUCAAAGUGCUUCAAUUCUUUCCUUCAAAGUCCUGAGGCUUUCCCUCCAUAUCUUUCCACCGGUAUUACAUAUCUGCUGCCAAAGGAUGAUGAUAUUGCUAACCCCACAAAGUACCGACCUAUUACCUGCCUCUGUACACUUUAUAAAACCCUGACAUCAUGUUUGACAGCGAAAAUUUAUGAGCACUUAGACCUACAGUCGAUACUAGCUAUUGAGCAAAAGGGGUGUAUAAAGAAGUCGCAAGGCUGUAAAGAACAACUUAUAAUAGAUUCUGUGGUCACAGAGCAAGCAUACCACAAAUCUAGAAAUAUCCACGUGGCAUAUAUUGACUAUCGCAAGGCUUUUGACUCUGUGCCGCACUCCUGGUUGAUACACGUCCUUAAUAUGUAUAAGAUCCAUCCUAAGGUAGCAGCAUUGCUUAAACAUAUUAUGUCGUAUUGGCGUACUGAACUUUCUCUUAGUUUAAAGGGUUAUAACAUCAAAACGAACUACAUUCACAUACGUCGAGGAAUUUUUCAGGGUGACAGUUUAAGUCCCCUCUGGUUUUGUCUUGCUCUGAAUCCGUUAUCUGCAAUAUUAAACAAUACAGGUUACGGGUUUCUCAUUAAGGGCGGUACUGGGAUAGAGUUCAAACUUAACCAUCUUUUGUACAUGGACGACAUAAAGUUGUACGCUGCUAAUGCUCGUGAACUUAGAGGCUUACUGCAAAGUACUGAGCAGUUCUCGAAUGACAUUAAAAUGUCUUUUGGCCUGGAAAAGUGUCGAACUUUAAGUGUUGAUAGGGGAAAGGUCAAAAAGGCAGAAGGCUACGACCUUCAGGAUGGUGGUAUAAUUGAUGCGAUGGCUAAAGAUGACAAUUACAAAUAUCUUGGUUUACUCCAAACUCUUCGAAUCGACCACAAGGAAAUAAAAUCUCGGAUAUGUAAAGAAUACUACCGUAGGCUCAAAGAAAUUCUCGGAACGGGUCUUAAGAGCAAAAACAUCUUCAAGGCAAUCAACACUUUCGCAAUGCCAACAAUAACUUACACCUUCGGAAUUGUAAAAUGGACAGACACUGAUAUCGGGAAUAUUGAGAGAACUACCCGUGUAUUAUUGACAAAAUAUCGGUUCCAUCAUCCUAAAUCCGCUACUGAACGAGUAACUUUGCCAAGAGCUGAAGGGGGAAGAGGUCUCGUUGACCUAAGGCGGCUUUAUUCCAAGCUAAUAAAAAACUUGCAAAAUUACUUCCUCAGCAAAGAGUCGUCUCCCUUACACCAAACAGUUACUUUAGCGGAUAAUGGCUAUACUCCACUGGAUCUUCUUCAUUCUAAAGAAGUUGAGCCCUUGGUUGCUGAUGCCGAAUACCUUAAGGCCAAACUUAACCAGUGGGCCUCAAAACCACUACAUGGAAGGUUUGCCCACGAGCUUAGAGGCCCUCACGUCGAUAUUGCAGCGUCGACCAGUUGGUUGCGCCGCGGGGAACUGUUUGCAGAAACUGAGGGUUUUAUGAUAGCAAUACAGGAUCAAGUAAUUCCGACAAAGAAUUACCUAAAAUACAUAGCCAAAACAAAUGUCGAAGAUGACCUAUGCAGACGAUGCUAUCAGAAACCUGAAACGAUCCAACAUAUCACGGGUUCGUGCCAGGCUCUUGCUGCAUCAGAAUAUACUCAGCGUCAUAACGAUGUCGCCAAAAUAAUCCAUCUAGCACUGGGCCGAAAAUAUGAUCUAUUGAAGGAUGACAACCCGUACUGGAAAUACUCCCCUAGUCCCGUGCUGGAAAAUGACAACAUUCAACUGUAUUGGGAUAGAUCAGUCCUAACAGACCGGUCCGUCCCCCAUAAUCGGCCAGAUAUUAUAAUUCUUUAUAAAAAGGAGAAACGGGCUUGUCUGUUGGACGUUGGGGUUCCUAACUCGCAUAAUAUUCAGCAAUAUAUAAUGGAAAAAAAGACAAAAUACCAACCGCUUGCUGAAGAAGUGAGACAAAUGUGGCUUCAGGAUGAAGUAGAAGUCCUUCCCCUCAUAAUCUCAACUACAGGAAUAAUACCGAAGCAGCUUAACGAAAAUCUUUCUAAGCUAGACCUACCAAUGUCCGUUAGGAACAAUAUUCAAAAAGCUGUUAUCCUAAGGACAACUGCCAUUGUGAGGAAGCAUCUUGCCCUAUAAAACACAACCUCUUUGCAUCUUGCUAAAAGCCGAUCUAAGAGUUGUAAACCC